AUGACUGCUUAUGCCACCCAAAACCACCACAAGCAAUCGAAACCCCGGAGUAUUCAGGACCACCCCAGCUCUCUGGAGAGCACGGAAGCAUUUGAUAGCGACACGAGAGGGAAUGGAUCCGAUGGUUUGCAGAGAACGGGGCCGAGGGACAGCACGCCGCCGAUAGGACAAGAGGACAAUUCGAAAUGGAUUCAUCGGGACAAGUUGGCUCGGAUUGAAAGUGAAGAGUUGCAAGCUGCUGGUAUCUUUUUGCCACGCCAAAGGGACAGGGCAAGGUCGAAGAGUCAAAACAGGACACGGAGGGAUCAGAGUCAGGACAAGCUGAACGGUUCGGGGAGGUCGAUUGGUGGUACGGAUAAUGCCUCGAGAUCUAGGAAAAACUCGGGGGCAACGACGACAGAACCCAAGACUCCAGAUCUCAACGCGAUUCCUAGUUGGGAUCUUAGACGUCCAGAGGAAAUUGUGGAAGAGGGUGACGGAUAUUGGGUGUCGACGGGUAGCGGCAAAAACACUUCGAAAAUCCCCGUGGCAAAGGUCAGCCCGGUGCCCAUUCCCAGCGAGCAUAUCGAACGAGACACUCUCUUGGCCAGGAAACGUGACGGUAGUCCCGGCGAGGACUCGAUAUCUUACUCCAGAACCCGAGGCAGAAGCGGUAGUAACGCAACCUCGCUUGGCAAACUGACACCGAGCGAGGGGACUGCUCAAUCCACUAGCCAACCGAACAAGAGAACCGAUCCAUCUCCCAAGAAGCCUGCCGGGAUUAGAAAACCAAAGGCUGCGAAUGGGGCUGCCGGACGUCCCAAGACAAGAGGUGGGCCUAGUAAGGACUCGACUAGUAGCGGGACACGGCCAUCCACGAGGUCUGCUGAGAGGGAGUUUUCCAGCAGUAGCAAGCCAAUGGAAGGAGAACCACCCUGGAUGAUCUCUGCGUACCGGCCUGAUCCUCGCUUGCCUCCGGACCAACAACUCUUGCCAACCGUAGCCAAGCGGCUAGCUCAAGAGAGGAUGGAACGAGAGGGCAAGUUUGGAAAUGUCUACGACAGAGAGUUUAGGCCACUCACCGACGAAGGGUUCUUGAAACCUCCAGAGAACAUCGCGGGACAAGAGGAAAGGGAUCCUGAAAAGGAAGCGCAGGAUGAGGAGCAGGGUGACUGGCCGUUAAGGCCAGAAGUGAGGAGCCCUACGCUUGGAGGAAGAGCGAGCUCAUAUUCAACAAUGCCCAAGAUCUCAGACAAACCAACCAUGAGUCCUCUACCAAGCCCACGGACGCCAGGACCACAACCACAGACCCAGCUUCAGCCGUCGUCGACAGUCAAGGUACCGGAACCCCCUGAGGAGGAUCCAGCACCAAAGAAGGGUGGUUGCGGCUGUUGCAUUGUCAUGUAG